AUGUUUCAUGAUCGCAUGCCACAACUACUGGCACACGGCACUAUAUUCAGCGAAAUCGGAAAACGUUCAACGUCAAGUGGCGCAAUGCUGGAUACUGUUGAUGCUGCAUCGCUACUGUUUCGUCUCCAAAUGGAAGGAGUUCAAGUGGAAAAGAGACGAUGGACGGCAUUGUUGCCUAUUAUUGAAGCACAUAUUGAUGUAGUUAUCCAUGCUACUUUUCAUAGUGAUCGACAAGGUGACAAUCAUCGAGUAAUGCGUCAAGUGGGUGAUUCCGUCUUAGAGGCGAUUUCAUCCUAUUGUAAAGGUGAUUUUAAACAAGUGAUUCAACAUCUUGCUCCGACACGACACAAGAUUUUCGAACUUGGCGGAAGUACAGCUCAGCGAGAUGUGUUCGCUCAACUGCUUAUCCAGAGUUGUCUACGAUCUUCAGAUGUCAAUGAUCGAAAGCUGGCAAGGUGA